AUGCGAUGGAUCAAAGCAAAGACCCUGACAGUUCAUUGGCACGACGACAAUCAACCUGUAUAUAGCUGCGAUCUUCAGCAGGAUAAAGUUGAGGGAUUCAGGCGGCUUGCUACCGCUGGUGGAGAUGGAAACGUUCGUAUAUGGAGACUAAUCUACGGACGGGAGGACAAUGAAGAUAGAGAAAGUGUAAGCUCGGUAGAAUAUCUGUCAACCCUUGCGAAACAUACACAGGCAGUGAAUUGUGUACGAUUUGAUCCAACGGGAGAAUAUUUGGCCAGUGGAGGAGAUGAUGGGGUGGUAUUAAUAUGGAGACUUUCGAGUGAAGGAGGAGUAGUUUUAGAGUUUGGACAGGAUGAUGAUGACAUCAAAGAAUCUUGGAUUCAGAAGAUUACUUGCAGAUGCAAUACCAGUGAAAUAUAUGAUCUUUGCUGGUCACCCGAUUCAAAAUAUAUUCUGGCAGGUUCAAUGGAUAGUACGGUAAGACUGUUUGAGGCAUCAACUGGCAAACAGGUCGCCACGAUUGGGGAUCACAAUCACUAUGUUCAAGGAGUUGCAUGGGAUCCUCUGAACGAGUUUGUAGUAUCACAAAGCGCUGACAGAACGAUAUGUGUUAAUCGUGUGACAGCAAGCACUAGCGGAGAGAUCAGUGUGAAGAGCAUGGCUAAGUUGUCUCGUUUAGAGUUAGCCAAUUCCGGAGACAGCAAUAAGAGAACAAUUGCAUUAUACCACAACGAAACAUUGCAAUCAUUUUUCCGAAGAAUGGCAUUUUCUCCAGAUGGAAACAUCCUUGCGACGCCUGCGGGCAUAUUCAAGUCCAGUGACGAUUCACCCGAGUCCCAUACAGUUUAUCUCUAUGGACGUGGUAGUUUGAGCCAGGCCCCAAUAGCCCAUCUUCCAGGAUUGAAAAAACCAGCUGUUGCGGUAAGAUUUUCUCCAGUUAAACUAGAUUUAAUUCCAGGGUUGCCCGAUGAGAGCGUAUUUUCAUUACCAUAUAGGAUGCUUUUGGCCGUUGCAACCCAAGAUUCGGUUGUUAUAUAUGACACACAGCAAACAGGACCACUAGCCUUGGUAACCAAUAUUCAUUAUGCCAUAAUCACAGACUUGACGUGGAGCAGUGACGGGAAGACGUUGAUAGUUGCAUCCGCGGAUGGGUUUUGUUCCAGUGUUGGCAUCGAUGUAUAG